AUGGAAGACGCUCAGGCCAGAUCCAGCCUCUCAGGGAUCCUGCUGCAGACGGCGAGGCUCUCAGUGCUGAUGGUCCAGAACAGGGUCCACCUCUACAAGUUCCUGCUCCUUAAGAUCACUGUUUUCAACCAGUGGGUGACGGGGCUGGCGCAGAAGGCCCGAGGCUCCCGCAGCCGGCAGGUGCCCCUGCCCCCGGGCACCGUGGCCUGCUCUGUGCGCCAGGCGGUGCACACUGGCCUGGCGCUGUUGGAGAUCCCUGUGUGGCUGGUGCUAUGGGUGCCCAGGCUGGUGUGGGCCAGCAUGCUGGGCUGUGCCCAGGCCUUGGGCCUGUCCUCACAGUGUCUGGCUGCUUGGGCACAGCUGGGCCCGUCCUCAGCCACCUGGAUGGACCUGUUCCUGUCCUGUCUGCAUAGCCUGAUGCUGGUGGCUCUGCUGCUGCUGCUGCUGGCUUGGCGGCUGUGCCAGGUGGCUCACCGCUUCAGCCUGGGCCAGCUGUCCAGAAAGGCCCUGCUGGGGAGCUUCUUAGUGCUGCAGCCCUUGAUGUGGUUGAGGCGUCUGUACUGCUGGGUGGUGAGCACAGUGUCACUUCUCUCCUGGCAUCUGGUCUACCUCGUCACCUGGACCACCUGCCUGGCCUCCCACUUACUGCAGGCUGCCUUUGAGCACACGUCCCAGCUGGCCCAGGAGGUCGAACUCCAAGAGGCUUCAUGGACUUUGUGGAAGUCCUCCGAGGCUGGGCCGGCACUGCGAGAAGGGCUCGGGGACUCGGCUGAGGGCAGCCAGUCCAUGUCUGAGGCCCGUGAGUGUGGAGGAGCCCUGGCCUGCCGGAGGAAAACAAGUGGGGGGCGAUGGGGGGGCCGCGGGCGAGGCCCCAGCCCCGGGGAGGUCAUCUCUGUCUGGACUUCUCAGCCCCAAGGUCUGGCGAGACCUGAGCCAGAGUCCCUCUCCAGGCCCCAGGCCUCGGGAGCGGGCUCCAGGCUCCUCUCUUUGGCCGUUGGAAUUAAUUUUGUGAAUCAGAAGGGGGAGGUGGUGGUACAGGCUGCUGGAAUCCAGGACGAUGACAUCUCCACCUCCCCCUUGUGGGGCUUGGCCCCGGCUCACGCCUCUCGUGACCUUCCCAUGGACGAAGCCUGGCUGCAAGACAAGGCCAAGCCAGACAGCCUCUCCCUCACUCUGUCCCCUUUCGAAGAGCUGCCCGCACUGGCGCCGGGCCGUCCAUUGGCCUCCUCGGGUUUCGAGGACUCGUUCUAA